GUACAGUCUUACAUCCUUGACGUUGAUAAGGCAAGGGGACUGAUCGGGAACCUGUAUCGACCUUCCCCUUUAGUCCAUAGCUCAAAAGUCACGAGACGAUUUGGAACUUCAUCUGAUCACAAUGACUGUCGUCUUUGGCAUUUUUGGUAUAUGGAUGGUACUACUACAAACAAAAUCAACAUGCGUCGACUCCUUAUGCGCCUCAAACACUCGUUUGGACAUAUUCUGUACCACUGUCCUUCAUUGCCCCAUUGUUCCUCGCGGAAAUGCAACAUUUCAAGCACGCAAACUCUGUACUCGUCACAAUUCUUACAAUGCAAAUGCGAAAACGAAAGCAGAAAGCAAAGCCAAUGACCAACUAACAAUCUUCCCUGAAGCUCCGCUUGUUGGUGCAGUUGUCGAGGAUGUGCUUGAUCCUUUCGAGGAGGAAGUCUUGGAAGCUGUUCCGUUCGAAGCGGCAGAUGACACAGAGCUGGUCAACGUAGUCGAUGCUCCAGUUGAAGAGGAUGUGCUUGAGAAAGUUGCGCUGGGCGUCGAUUGGACAACAGUAAUGGUUGAUGAGCCUGAUGUGGUCGUUGACACAGUUCCGCUUCCAGUCGCAGAUGUCGACGCAGAGCUCGAUGGAGAAGCUACUGAGCUAGUAACAGAGCUGCUGGUUGUGCUUGAAGAAGUAUCUCCGCCGCCUGUAAUGUGGAAUGGAAACGAUUCUUGGAAUUCUGUAAUCGGAUUGCCGUCGAGGGUAAGGUUCAAGCCAUAAGUCGCAAAUGAGCCGACGGUCGAUGGGAUGGUCCAAUUAUAUCCGCCAGCCUGGGAACUG